AUGCCUGUCCAUCUUUAUAGUGAUAAUGGCACGACUUUCCUGGGUGCUGAUCGAGAUUUAAGGCAUAACCUAACACAAUUGCGUCGAGAUCCUGAUAUGCUCAAUAGUUUAUCUAUCGAAGGCACUUCUUGGCAUUUUAUCCCCCCAGCUGCUCCUCAUUUUGGAGGUUUAUGGAAGGCAAGUGUCAAGAGUUUAAAACACUACUUACGUAGAUGCGUAGGCGCUCACAACCUAACCUUUGAAGAAUUCACGACGACUUUCACUCGAUUUAAGGCUUGUCUUAAUUCUCGACCCAUAGGCCCACAAUCUGAUAAUCCUAAUGACUUUUCUUCCCUUGCACCAGGACAUUUUUUAAUAGGAGCUCCUCUUACGAGUUCUCCUGAACCCUCUGUUGAGCUAGUUCCUGAAAACAGAUUAACUCGCUGGCAAAUUGUUCAACGUAUAUCUUAA